AUGCUAAUGGAUUUCCUUCUAAUUGGACUGUACUUAAAGUGGCCACUGAAGAAGCCCCCUGGGUUGGCACUGUGUUUAUUGGGGAUUUUUCUGAGAACGGUUCCCUUGGUGGAGGGGGUUUGUCCAAAGCUGUGUCGCUGCGACAGCAAGCUGCUGUACUGCGAGGGGCUCAACCUCACAGACAUUCCCCGCAACCUGAGCAGCGCCAUGGGCCUGUCCAUGAGAGAGAACAACUUGACCGAGCUGCGUGAAGGCCAACUGGUUGGUCUGUCACAGCUCACCUGGCUCUAUCUAGAUCACAACAACAUUGACAUUGUAGAGGAGGGUGCAUUUGACAGGCUAAGACGGGUCAAGGAGUUAGACCUCAGCAGCAACCGGAUUGACAGUCUGCCAAAUGGCACCUUCAGGCCCCUCCCAAACCUGCGUAUCCUGGACCUCUCAUACAACAGGCUGCAGGCACUAGAUCCUGACCUAUUCCACGGCCUUAGAAAGCUCACCAAUUUGCAUUUGCGCUACAAUGUUUUAAAAUUUGUGCCAGUGCGGAUUUUUCAAGACUGCCGGAGCAUGCAGUUUCUGGACUUGGGAUACAACCAACUGCAGAGCCUAGCGAGAAACUCCUUCGCUGGCCUCUUCAAGUUGACUGAGUUGCAUCUUGAGCACAAUGAGCUGGUUAAAGUCAACCUGGCCCACUUCCCUCGCCUCAUCUCCUUACGUACUCUGUACAUGCACAACAAUCGUGCUUCUGUUGUUGUCAACACACUGGACUGGAUAUGGCAUUUUUUAGAAAAGAUUGACCUCUCAGCCAAUGAAAUAGAAUUCAUGGAACCACAUGUUUUUGAGAGCGCGCCCAACCUCAAGGUGCUGAUGCUGGAUUCCAAUCGGUUGACCUCCGUGGACCAGCGCAUCCUGGAUUCUUGGUCUUCUCUGGACAGCAUUACCCUGGCAGGCAAUGACUGGGAGUGCAGUCGUAACGUGUGUGCUUUGGCCUCUUGGCUGAGUGCCUUCCGAGGCCAGCGUGACAAUUCCCUUCUGUGUUCAAGCCCCGACACCGCACAGGGCGAGGAUGUGUUAGAUGCUGUAUAUGCUUUCCAGCUAUGCGAGGAUUCCCCAAUGAAGGUAACUACAGCAGGCCUGUACGCCUCUACAAGGGAUCUGGCCCAGGGGGGUUCGGUUUUCCUUGGCCCAUUUACCCCUAACCCUUAUGAAGGCGAGGGCAGUGAGGUGGUCACCAGUUCUUUCACUGUCACAGUGGGCCAUGACGACCUGGAGAGCACCAUGCAGAUCCACAAGGUGGUGACUGGCACCAUGGCACUCAUCUUUUCCUUUCUCAUUAUCGUGCUCAUGCUGUAUGUAGCAUGGAAGUGCUUUCCAGCAGGAAUAAGACAAUUGAGGCAGUGCUUCAGCAGUCAGCGCCGUAAGCAGAAGCAAAAGCAAAGCAUGCAGCAGAUGGCUGCAAUUUCUACACCGGAGUACUAUGUUGACUAUAAACCCAACCACAUUGAGGGAGCUCUGGUAAUCAUCAAUGAAUAUGGCUCUUGCACUUGUCAACAACAACCUUCUCGGGAAUGUGAAGUGUGA